CGGUCAUGGAGUCAUGUAUGAGUUCUCGAACAGUAGGAUUUUGCUCCUAGUCUGAUUCUGUUUGACUUUUAAAUUUGUCCGCCAGGGUAUUACUGUCGGUUCUCAUUCCUUCUAUAACUUCUGCUUUGACAGUCCCAGUUCUCGCGAUUGCUGCUUCUUGUCCCUAUUUCUCUCCAUCUAUACUCUCAGCAUUUUACCGGUUAUAAAUUUUGCAACUGCUACAGGGUAGUGCCCUCUCUGUAUCUUGUAUCAUCCCCGUACUAUCAUUGCUCUUAAUCCUCCAAGUUGGCCCAUGAUCACUAUUACAAAUAUGGCGAGGAUUUCAAACCCUGGGAUCUCAUUCCCCAAUCUGGUAUAUUGUCUGAUACUAAUCUUCAGCGUGUGUCCUGCUGCAACUGCCGUCAGCUCAAUGGAUGCUCUUUCAGCGCAAGACCACCAACCGAUAGAGGACCUCAACAUGGCUUCUUUGUUAAAGUCCAUAAACGAGGAACGCGACGUGCUAUUUUCGGAAGCACUGGGUCUUCUCGAGUCAAUGAACGCAUCCCCCUCCUGCAAUCGAAUGGCAGUUUCAAAGCUGGUCGCAUCCUGCCAAUCUAUUGGCGGCAGAUCUGUAACAGCGACUACAAACACGUUUGUGACGCUGGAACACGUUCGCUCACUCUAUGCGGCCAGGCUUGCUAUCUGUGAACUCAACGAAGCGGGGGCGGCUGUACCCCCUCCAUGUAUUCCUAUAACCGUCCAGCUACCCCAGAAGAAAGGCAUUUUCGGGAUAUCCUCCAACUACAAGCCCCGCUUUAACGCUGUGGAAUCCGUAUCAAAAGGACAGCUAGAGACUUGCCUCAAGUUGCUAGAGUCACGACCGCAGUGGUGGACUUCCUAUAGCAACAGUAGACAAAAUGCCGUGGUAAUAUGCCAGGCGGCUAGAUUCGAAAGCGAAAGGGAGGAGCUCCUGGAACUUCAUAGGUCCAUUGUACAAAGCUCUGUCAAGCUUAAUCAUGGUCUUCAGGAAGCACUGGAAGUUGCUGCGGCUGGAUCCUCUCGUUAUAAAGAAUUCGUGCAAGUAGUCGAAGACAUGAGAAGCAGGCUGUUUUAUAACUUGGAGGAAACGGAGUCGCACUUCAAAGUCACUUUCGAAAGAUUAUUUUGCGACAUGGAAGCUUAUGUUGGGUCAGUAAUAAAUUCAGUUUCUUCUGCUAUAGGAAGCCUACAUGGCAAAGCAGAAUUGCUUGAUAAGAAUAUCGACAAUGCCACACACGAUGCCAACCAUCUACGGCAUCUCCUGAAGGCCUUACAUGACGAAGCUAUAGACAGGAACAAGCAAAUGGCAUCAGUUCAACAGCAGGAUGCUCUAGCAAGCAAGGGCCUGGCUUUGUCUCUUCAAUCAAGCUUGGAAAAGCUUAUACAAGGCGACAUGAACAAGUUGUCUCAGAGUGUAGACAACUUUGAUUCUUCUUUGGAAUGGCUCACUGCAAAGUUUGUGCAAAUACUACAGCAAGAGCAGAGUAUCUCUGAGCGUCUAAUAAGUCUUGAGACUUCCCUCGCCGAGUCUCGGGUAAUGGCUCAAGAGCUACAUAAGUCUCAGCUGCAACACAGUGCAGCAAUUCAAGGGCAGACUCAAUUACAAGAGCACCUUCAGACAAAUAUGCGGAUUUCUCAAGCGCUUCUUGAUAAGACAACGGCAACUGCUGCCAACUUACACGCGAUGAUUGAUGACACGGCGACCAGAUAUAAAGAUGUACCUGCAUUUAGAGGAUUUCUGGGCUCAUAUCCUACAGGAACCGUGUAUAGCCUCCUGGUCGGAUUGAUUGGCUCUCAGAGCCCGCGUCUUGCCAUAAUAAUGCUCGUAGUCGGCAUUUAUCAUUGUACUAUAGCGAGAAUAAUAUAGUUUAUGAUAUGAUGGUCAGACCGAUGAUCUAUGAUCUCGCAGCGACAUAUACCUCUACGUCAUCUGCUUCAUUCACAUACUUAUCUUUCACCAAAC